UUAGAUCCAUCCAAAAGAGAAGACUCCAAGCGUGUCAAAAUUCCAAUGUCCGGUCGUUUCCCUCUUUAAUAAAGUUAGUAAAAUGAAAGAUCACCAACUCUGCGUGAUUUCCCUAGAACUAUGCGUGGUUUUGUCUCUCUCAUUUAUUACUUUAUGUUUAGUUCAAGAAUUAAUUAUUAUUUUUUCUCUCUUUCAGGAAAGCUUUCAAGUGCAAAACUUUCUACACAUAAUUCCUAGGAACCAUGUUUCGGAGAAAGCUUUGCCCCACGAGUCAGGCAAAUGAUUCUGCUAGCCGUGAUGCAAAGAUUAGCCAGUUAAGGGCUGCUCUUGGACCUCUAUGUGGACGUAGCUUACAGUUCUGCACCGAUGCGUGUCUGAGGCGAUACUUAGAAGCACGAAACUGGAAACUUGACAAGGCAAAGAAAAUGCUUGAAGACACUCUCAAGUGGAGAUCUACCUAUAACCCUGAAGAAAUUCGAUGGCAUGAAAAGUAGCACAUGAAGGUGAAGGUGAAACUGGCAAAGUGUCCAAAGCCAAUUUCUGUGACCGACUAGGCGGACUCGUACUUAUAAUGAGACCUGGGAAACAGAAUACAUCUCCAGAAGGUAACAUUCGUCAUCUAGUCUAUCUGUUGGAGAAUGCUAUCUUUAACCUACCAGAAGGCCAAGAACAAAUGUCUUGGUUGAUUGACUUCAACAUAUGCUCAUUAAACACCAACAUUUCCGUUAAAACUGCUCGUGAUGUCAUUUACCUUUUGCACCCCGAGAGGGUUGCUAUAGUUGUUCUUUAUAGUCCGCCUAGAUUUUUCGAGGCAUUUUGGAAGGUUGUAAAAUAUUUAAUUGAUGCAAAAACAUUUGCGAAGAUAAAGUUUGUGUAUCCGAAUAACAAAGAGAGCACGGAGUUGAUGAAGAUAUUUUUCGAUGCUGAGAAUCUUCCAAGAGAAUUUGGGGAGAAAGCUACAUUGAAUUACGAUCAUGAAGAAUUUUCAAGAUUGAUGGCUAAGAAGAUGUUAAAACUGCUAAAUUUUGGGGCUUUGACGAUUUGCCAUCCCAUACAAAUGGCAAUGGACGCUCCAAAGCAGCAGAAGUAACGCCUGUGCCCG